AUGCAGAUAGCUCUGCUGUGUGGAGGAGCGGUGAUCAUUAAUGUGUUCAUAUCAGCCUGGACGUUGUUCGCUUUAAUUCCCGCUCUUCUAUUUUAUAUGACUUUACAGUCUGUUUAUUUACGAAACGCCAGAGAAUUGCAGCACAUAGAGGCGACCAGUGCGGGUCGAGCGAUCUCCUUUGCCGUUGAGACGCUGGGCGGCGCGGGGGCUGUGCGGGCCGCGAGACUACAACACAACAUGAGGGAAGCCUUCCACACACGACUAGACCGAAAUCACAACGCCCUACUGCUGCUCAACUCCGCCAACAGAUGGUUAAGCCUGUCCCUGGACUUAGUGGGCGCAGCAAGCGUGUUUGUAUCAUUAGCGGUGGCGCUAUACAGCGGCAAAAACGGUGCUCUGACAGGGUUAGCGGGGACGUACUCGCUCCUUCUGCCCGUGUACCUCGCACACCUCGCCAAGUGUCGCGCCGACCUCGACCUACAUCUGGCAUCCGUACAGAGACUCCUACACAAUACGAACAUACCACAAGAAGAUUAUAGAGAUGACUGUCCAAUACCUGCUGGCUGGCAGAGAAACGGAAAAAUUGAAUUUGAAGACGUCAGUGUCCAACAUCAACCGAAUAGACCUCCAGUGCUUAAAAAUAUUAAUCUCACUAUAAAACCUGGACAAAAGGUCGCCAUUUGCGGAAGGAGUGGAAGCGGCAAGUCAACGUUACUUCUAACUUGUGCGGGAGCCACGAAAAUAUGUGGUGGUCGGGUGUUACUAGACGGCAGGGAUGUAACGAAGGUUCCGCUUCGUGCCUUACGACACAGAGUGGUCGUCUUGCCACAAGAAGCUAUUUUGUUUUCGGGAACUCUGAGAGAGAACCUGGAUCCGCUCGGAAUGCACACGGAUGAAGAGAUUUGGGAGAGUUUAAAAGCCGUUGGUCUCUAUGACUACAUAUCAGCUCAACCCGCUGGUUUAGAGUGCGGUGUGUGCGGGUGGCGCGGCUCGUGGGGCGGGGGUCGCGGGGCGCGGGUGUGCGGCGCGCGGGCGGCGCUCCACGCUCGUCUCGCGGCGGCCCUGCUGCUAGACGAGCCGGGCGCAGCGCUGGAGGCGGCGGCCGAGCGCUGUCUCCUACACGCUAUAGCCGCCGUCGCUCCCAACACUACAGUCCUCACCGUGGCCCAUCGCGUGUCCUCUGUACGUGACUACGACACCGCCGCCGUUCUUCAAGACGGGUGUCUGUCCGAGCGCGGAAGGGUCAACGACCUGCUGGCGACCCCCGCCUCUGCGCUCGCCAGGCUACACGCCGCUGAACAUAGACUAAUACACCUAUAUUAA